CAGAGAUGAAAGUGGUUCAGUUGAUAACGUAGUUGGAGGUUCCCUUACUGCUACAACGACCUUCUGACCCACUUGUCAUGGCUGUUCUUGUGGAAAAAAAGAAAAGAGAAGUGUGGUUCCUCUUUAUCUCCUCAGUUCAGUUUCAUAAAGGAUAUGUGGUGGAGUCGUGGUGUACUUAAGCAUUUGCCCCUCCCGUUGGGUCAAUAUGCUCCAGCAUUCAUGGAUAUAAUGAGUGACUUCACUAUAGAUUCUACAUUUAUAAGAUUGUAUUAUCCAUCAUCGACACCUAAUACUCAGAAUGAUGCUACAAAAUGGACCAAGUGGUCGCCUAAUGAAUAUUAUUUACAAAGUAUGGCUCAUCUCGUUAGUCAUUGGGGAACUGUUUUAAAAGCUGUUUUAUGGCUUUAUGGAGGAGAACCAAAUGUACCAGCAAUGUGGGAGGCAGAGCUUAUGCAAUCCAACAGUAAAAUACCUGUCAUCAUGUUCUCUCACGGUUUUGGUGCUACCCGUUUUCUCUCUUCAACUGUUGCUAUUGAGUUGGCCUCCAGGGGAUUUAUUGUUGCAUCAAUUGAGCAUAAAGAUUCUUCGGCUUGUGCUACCUAUUAUUAUGAAUCAGCAGAAAAAUUUGAAAAGGAUGAAAAAACUUGGAUUCCUCAUGAGAAAAUGAAGUUCGGCCCAGAUCAUUAUAAAAUUAGAAAUACUCAAUUGCGUAGGAGAGCCAAUGAAAUCAUUAGGUUGAUUGAUCUUCUUUACAAAAUCAACUCAGGUGAAGCAUCUAACAUAUUGAAGUCAUCUAUCGAUUUGAGUUGUUUCAAGGAUCGCCUUGAUUUAUCUUCUCUUUCCAUGAUGGGUCACUCCUUUGGAGGUGCAACUUCAAUGUUAGCGAUGUCAUUGGAUGAUAGAAUAAAAUGUGGAAUAAUCCUUGAUGGUUGGAUGUUCCCUCUAAAAGAAGAUAACCUUACUAUCAAACAACCAUUAAUAUUUAUAAACACCCAGACAUUUCACAUUGAAAGUAAUAUCAACGUUAUUUGCAAAUAUUUGAACAAAAAUCCUGCUUAUACCCCAAGGGAGAUCUAUACCAUCAAGCACACCACCCAUGAAUCUCAAACUGAUACACCCCAUAUACUUGGAUAUUGGCUUAAUUGGUUCAUGCCAAAGCUGGAUCCUGAGGAAGGAACAAACAUCAAUAACCACAUGAUCUUGCGCUUCCUCCAUAAAAAUAUAGGUUUUCCUACUGAUGUUACUGAAAGUGAAGAUUAUCUUAAAGAAGAGGCUGAAAAGUUUGUGGAAGGAACAAUUAUUUAUGCACAUAUGCCAAAAAGAAAAUUGUGAUGUAAUAAUAUUUUCUUAUUUGGUGAAAAAACCGUUCUUCGACUUAUUACUAUUUAUGAAUUGCUUCCCGUUUUGAGGGAAAUUCGAGUGGGAUUAUACCAUAAAAAAAAACUAUAAGUUAACAGAGGGUUCAAAUAGUGAUAUGGGUAAACAACUUAAGAAAGGCACUUUCAGUGUCUAUGUAAUCUUUUGUUAUUGACAUAAGAACCAAGUUAGAUUGAAAAAAUGUAAAAUACAUCUUAAAAAAAAAAAAAAAUCAAAAUGGUAUAUUUUACUAGAUUUGAGCUCAAAUCUGAAAAUCUUGAGCCCUCCCCUUAAUUUGUUUGCACAUUUUCAUGUGAUCUGAUUAAUUUUUCAUUAUUUUGCAUCUUGGCUUGUUUAUACUUAGUUUUGUACUAAAAUAGUCAACUUAGAAGUUGAAGAUAGUUCAAGUAAAAGAGGUUGGUCGAUUUUUAAUUAAUACACGUUAAUUAACUUUACCUUAAAAUAUUUAAAUUACUUUUAUCCUUUGUCUAUAAAAUUUUUUAAUUAAAAAUAAUAGAUAUGCAUAGUUUAACUCACAUUAAAUGGAUGAUAUCUUAGGUAUACAAAUUAUUUAAUUUUUAAAUGAACAUGAAAUUGUCAAAAUAAAAGCAUUACUGAGGUGAAAUAGACUGAUUUUGUUUUCAUUAAAAUAAUAAGGGUGUAU